AUGAGUGUUCAAGGCUUUUGGGGUCUUCAGUUAGUACCUGGCAAGACAUACAGUCAAGUUGUAGCAGCUCCUUUCCGUAUUUCUAUGGCUUCACUUACUGUUGAUGCUGAUGGAAACAAGCGCACGUCUGUCUCUGUUCUUAUCGAUAAAAAAGAGUUCGUUCUUUGUACUUUAGUUCCCAACAAGAUCGAGCAACAACCUUUAGACAUUACCUUUGUUGAAGGUGAAGAAGUUACUUUCUCUGCCAAGGGUUCAAAUGCUGUUCAUCUUACUGGUAACUAUGUAUUCCACGAUGAUGAUGAGGGAGAUAUGGGCUCUAUGGGUGAUGAAUCUGAGGAAGAAGAUAAUGUUGAAGAAUUCUUAAAAAAGCUUCCUCCUAACGCCACUAAGGAAGAUAUCAGUAAGUUCUUUCUAACAAUGUAUUCUGAUGAGGAAAUUGAUUCUGAUGAAGCUAUGGGUGAAGAUGACUCUGAAUCUGAAGAAGAAUCUGAAGAAGAAGAAUCUGAAGAGGAGGAGAAGCCUAUUGUCAACAAGAAGCGUCCUGCUGAAGAUACCAAGACACCUCCUACCAAGAAGCAAAAGGCUGCUGAACAGGCCAAGAAGCCUGAAACCAAGAAGGAAGAAUCCAAGAAAGAACAGGCCAAGAAGAAAGAAGAGCCUAAAAAGAAGGAGGAACAAAAGAAAGAGCAAGCCAAGAAGGAGGAACCCAAGAAGAAGGAAGAACAAAAGAAGAAAGAAGAACCUAAGAAGAAGGAAGAACAAAAGAAGGAAGAGCCCAAGAAGAAGGUUACAAAGCUUCCUAACGGCCUCAUUAUUGAAGAUAUUAAGGUUGGUGAAGGUGCUUCCUGUAAAUCUGGUCAAAGAGUUGGCAUGCGCUAUAUCGGUAAGCUCACAAACGGCAAGGUCUUUGACAAGAAUGUUUCUGGUAAACCCUUCUCUUUCCUUUUGGGUCGUGGUGAAGUUAUCAAGGGAUGGGAUCUUGGUAUCGUUGGCAUGAAGGCCGGUGGUGAACGUAGAUUGACCAUUCCCGCUCCAUUAGCAUACGGUAAGCGUGGUGCUCCUCCAGAUAUUCCCAAGAAUGCCACUCUUGUUUUCGAUGUCAAAUUACUUACCAUGAAAUAA